AUGCCGCUAACACAAAACCUCUUUCCGAUUCCGUUUCCGUUAAAGCAGCAGCAACAAUGUGUGAAUUGUCCCUUCAAUGAUUGCUCUGUUUCGUUGCUGUAUAAUGGAAUUGAAAUUGUGACAAAUGCAGAGUGUUCUAAUUGUCGCAGACUAUUCUGUGCACAAUGUAAGGUUCCAUGGCAUUCUGGACUCAACUGUCAACAGUUUCAACUAACACAGCUCAAUUCGCGACGCGGCAUUUCAGUCAAGAGAAGGUGUCCAUUUGAAGAAUAUGAUGAGGGUAUGGGGAAGAAGAAAUCCACCACCUGUUUGAUGGAUUGCCCGAAUAAGCAAUGCUGUUUAGAAUUGAAGCUGGAAGAAAACUUGAUGCAGUCUUCUUUAUAUAGGAAAUUUCAACAACAAAAAUUGAAAUGCUCUAUGUAUAUGCGAACUUACGAGGAGGAGAAGAAGAAGGAGAAGGGGAAAUCAGCUGUCAUCGAGUUUGAGACGAGUAACGAGAGUUCGAGUUCUCCGCAGUCACCAAAAUCCUUUUGUGGUUUAUGUUAUGAUUUUGUACCAGAGUCUAAUAUUGUUAGAGGAAGUGCAAAUUGCAAUCACCCUUUUUGUGCUAAUUGUAUAUCGAAUCACGUGGCUGCACAACUAAGCCAGAAUAUAAUGGAGGUUACUUGUCCAAAUUCAAGGUGUUAUGAGGUUCUGAAGCCACAUCAUUUACAACAUAUUUUACCAGAAGAAGUUGUAGUUCGAUGGGCAUUCGAAAGGUUCUCCAUUGCUAGGUGA